UAUGAAAAAUUCACUGGGAUGCUGGGAUGGGAAGAAAAACAACAAACAUUAAUAACUGUGGUUUAAAUUUCAUGCUAUUGACGAUAUGAUAGUAAUGUCAACAAUUUUCAUUACUAUCGUACCUAAGAAUUAAUAAUAAUGGCUACAUUUUUGCCAUUCAAGGGAUUGAGAGCUUCUUAUGCAGCUUUAUCGGGGCUGUCUGCCGCUUCUGCCAGUGUUUUUGGAAAGUUAUACUCUGAAGCGGGAUCUCCAUUGCUAGGGGCACUGCUAAUUGCUUUUAUGAUCAUAUCAAACAGUCUUGUGUGGACCAUGUUUGUUAAGGCUCUUCGAGAUUCAAAGUCAUCCCUUACCGUCACUGUAACCAGUGCAGCGGUCAACUAUUGUUGUUCGGCUUUGUUUGGAUGGCUGCUCUUUUCUGAACGCAUUGGUGCUCUUUGGUGUCUUGGUACUUUCCUGGUUAUAUCAGGGGUGCUGCUCAUCAACAGUGCAUCUACUUCCUCUACACAUGUUGAAAAUGUCAAGCAGGACUGAAUGCAGUAACUUUUUUCAAUUAACCAUAUGUCAAAUCAUUUUAAAUAUUUCUGAAACAUUGAAUUUUUUGUUAUGUCAUUCACAAAAA